AUGCCGAUAUAUACUUGUGCAUUAGUAUCGGGUUCCCUUUGAAUCGAGAAGAUCGGUAACGAAAAUGAUUUGGAACUGUCGAUUAAUCUUCCUCUUGACAAUUAUUCUGAUUAUGUUGGAUCUCGGUGAAACAGACAUCAGGAAGGAUUGUCGCAGAGAGUCGAAGGUUUCAUGGGCCGCGCUAAGAAGAAUGAAGUCUGGAGACUUCGAGCAAGACGACCCGAGAUUGAAGUGUUACUUGAAGUGUUUUAUGGCGAGGAACGGUAUUCUGGACAAAAAGUUACCGGCCAGAAAGGAUAUCAAGGACAAGUGACUUGCAAAUGCGAGCACGGGGAGAAGAAGAACGGCGAAGGCAAGGAUUUUGGAGGAUGUUGUUCCAAAAAAAUGAUUCAGGAGCAAACGACUAACCCCGCUGAUAAGGGUUGUUGUUCUUGGAGACGAAGCUGUUGCAGCGGUGGUUGCUGCGAUCGAAUUGGAAAUUGCUGCACCGGAUCGGACAGUCCGACUCAAAAUGAAAAACUUCCAACCAGUUAUGGAUAUGGAGGGUACGGUUACGGUCAACCUUCUAUGGGUAUGACGAUGGAAAUUCCUUUUCAAAUGACAGACGGUUCCGUGGAAAAAGUGCCGUGCGGACGGCAGGAGAAAAAGCUACCCAUGUGUUUCGGCGGCGACUGCAAAGAUUCCGAAGAGAAAUGCGAAAACGAUGUAAGCCAGGCACCGAGGCAAUCGGAGCGAUAGAGGAAGCCGAACUACGAGGAUGGAGAGAUGGAAAGUGCAUCAGCUACGUUUCACCUCGGCUCCGAGGAAUCUCUAAGGAUCGUAAGAAGCAGCGGAAAAACUUUGGAAACUUCCGAACAAAAGUGUGCGAAUCUGCGUGUUUUAUGCUCCAACAGAAAAUUUCAUUCUCGAGACAAUGAUUGAACGAUUAAAAAUAAGAUUCGAGUUUAGAAGUGUAAGAUUAGUGUAGAAACGAAGAACCAUUUGUAACUAAAAAAAUGACGAUGAUUGAACAGGGAUAAAAGAGAAAAAUAUCAA